UCACGCGGUAUGACUGGGUCGACUGAUAGGCCGCUACUUUAGGGUGAACGCGAAGUUUAAGUGCAUUUCAAUUUAAUACAUUUCUAUGAUAUUUUAUGAAAAUAUCCAAUAGAAUAGUUAUAGGUAUAACGUGGUUGCCUGAAAAUAACAGUCUCACAUUAUAGAUUGUUAUCUCAAAGUAAAGCAGUUGGGGCCCUUUCACAAUUUUUAUUUUACUCUCAUCACAUUUCUGUCAAUACUGUUGAGUCUAAAAGUUCGAUUGAGUUGAUUAAAAUGAUCCGAUCGGCGAGAUUAUUCACAACCAACCAAAUCCGUUAGCAUUGUUGAACUUUUCUGAAUGUCACGUUAAUGAAAUGUAAUUACCGAAAAAAGUGAGUAAAGAGAAGGUGCUCGGAGUAAACAAAUGUUCUUAUCACAAAUUGUUCCCGGUCCGGCAAACAGAGACAGGCCUCAGUUGAUGAUAGUGCACUUACCUUCGUGAAAUUGAGAACGAUCCAAUCCAAUCCUGUGGGAAAGUGGCCCUGAAAACGUAGUGUUGUGAUCAAUUUGCCUCAUUGAUUCUGCAGUAUCAAAACGUCUCGCCGACUACGUAAGAGCUUCGGGAAGCCUGCAUCUGCUGCUGGAAUUGAAGACCUGAAGGCCUGAAGUCGUCAUAGAUUCCCCAUAGCCUAGAACAACAGAGAAUAAAACGAUGUUUACAUUGAGUCACUGAUAAGGGAACGGAAAAAUGAGAGCUACUCCCGUCAACAUAAGUAUGGCUUCUGAUGAACAGUGAAAGAACAAAGUAUGAGAAGCGAAAGCUUGCCUAGCUAUAGUCACAUAAUAAACGCUAAUCUUUCCCCGAAAAGUGACAAAAAAUUACCCAAGGUGAUAACGUGCACGGGAAACAGAAGCAAGAAGCAUCAUCAUGAGAAGAAUUCGUUUGUGAUAAGCCAGCGGAAGAUGCUUUUGAAUCAAAAGACUCAUUACUUGGUAACCUAUCAUCGAAUUUAGUUCUCGGGUAGAGUUAGAACGAUUAAGAUUUAAGAGGUGCAACCAUGAGAUCGGUGUACAAUUGAAGAAAGUAACCACUAUUCAAGGUUGAUCAAUUUUCUUCCGGUGAUCGGCGAGUUAAUCAGGGAGCAUGGCCGAUCCCACGAUACAAACUUUCUGCUGCCACAACCGGAUUCGGUCGCCCCCGGCCGUCAAACUGAUGUCCGAAUUCAAUACCGAUGGAUACAUUACGGUGUGCAUAGUGUCGUCAUUCUUCGGAAUAGCCGGUGCCAUUUAUCAGAUUUGGAUCCGCGACGAGGACGCGCCAAACCUGCAUGGUAUUCGUCGUUCUCGACCCGGAUCCCGCUCGCCGGUGACCAGCUACAGCACCGGACGGAGCAUCAUCGUGUGGCUGGCCGUUGCGGAUUUGUGCGCAUCGUUGGGAGUUUUCCUGCGGUCGGCUUUGUGGAAGUAUAUCCAGAACGUUAUUCCGCCGGAUUCGGACCAGGAUGACACUACAAACGUGAUUUUCUGUGCCGUUUCUUCGGCCUGGAUCCAGUACUUUUACAUGUGCACCUGGAUGUGGACGCUGUGUUACGCCAUAAACGUGCGACGCCAGCUUGGAGGUUAUGGGGUUGCUCUUAGGACCUACCAUACCUAUGUGUGGAGCUUGUCGGCCGUUUUGACGGCUUUGGGACUGACUGUGCUGUACAUCCCGGAUGCUGAUUGUCACAACAUUCACGAUAUUUCUACAGCCUAUUUGAGGAUUCUACCGAACUAUAUUACCACGUACGGUCCAAUGAUUGCGGUUAUGGUGGCUAAUCCGGUGCUAUACUUUACCGCUUCCAGAGAAGUUGAUCGUCAGCUGGUGGCUCGAUUCAGUCAGAUGACAUCGAACGAGCGGGAGCUGAUGACCAAGUUUAAGAUGAAAUUUUCACUGAUCAACUUUGUGUUCUACAUUUGUUGGUUGCCGAAUCUGAUCAACGGUAUCAUCCUGUGGACCAUGUGGUUCUGUUUGCCGUUUAAAACUAUCGUCACUGUGUGGUAUGUGAUGGCUAUAACGAAUCCUCUACAAGCUUUCCUGAACACGUUGGUGUACCAAAGAUGGAACUGCAGCUGGAGAAUACGGAGACGGCAGCGCGAAGAAGAGGCAGACGUUAGGCAUCGCAAUAGACACUCGCUGGGUGCUUCGGAGACCAGUCCUCUGUUACAGUCGCAAGUUUUUCGUGGUGGCGGCGGUUCUCCGUCAACUUCGUCGGUGCUACUCCAGGACUCAGCGGCCGAUCUGUUUCCCAAGCCAACCAGAAGUAUCAAUUCGUGCACCUUUGUGUGAAAGCGGCCUCGGUGCAGUUGCAUGUAGGCAUCAUUUGAUGCCGAAUCGAAUUAGAAGAUAAGAGUUCUGUUCACCACCAUCGUUCAAGGUCUGAUUCUAUUUAUGACACCCGGUAGCUUGUAAUGGAUUUUUGUUUCUUUUAGUUCCCAGUCAAUAAAUUAUCCGUUCGAUUUAUUACGUGUA